UUCCUCCCUAUAGCUCUGUCUUGAGUUCAGCCAUUGCACUGCAGACUUCCUUUUUUUCCUCCCUUGCUUCGUCCACCUUUCCACAGCUUUCUUCUCACUGUCUGCAUUGAGUAAUUGUGUAGCUGCUGCUCGUUUUUUUUUUAUCUGUUGUUGCAUUAAUUCUUGAGGCCCUAAUUAAUCUGAAAUCAUGGCUGACAAAAGUCGUAUGUUGCGGAGAAAGGAGAGACAAGAAAAAGAAGCUGGUGGAAACACCAGGGAUGGAAGGGAAGAGAAUAACGAAGGAGAAAAUGCUCAAUGUAAUCGAGGGGGAACAUCAACUGAGCCGCUGCCCACCAAUGAUGUAACACCUAAUGGUAAAAAUGGAGAUCCUGAGGUUGAGCCGAUGGAACUACCUCCAUUUGAAAUCAUUGCAGGUGAUCGGAUCGAUCCUUCUGCAUUCAAGUUCCAGUUCAAGAAUGUGGAAUACUCCUCAGGCCGCAAUAAGACCUUCUUGUGUUACCUGAUUGAUAAAGGGAACACAGCUGAUGGGAUUCAGAGAGGUUGUCUGGAGGAUGAACACACCGGACCUCAUGCUGAAGAGGCCUUCUUCACGCAGUGCCUCUCUGACUAUGACCCUUCACUCAAAUACACAAUUACCUGGUAUAUGUCAUCGAGUCCCUGCUCUGCGUGUGCAGCCAAGAUAAUUGAUGUGUUAAACACCAAGAAAAACAUCAAAUUGAGUAUCUUUGCUGCUCGGCUGUUUGAGUUUGAGGAGGCCGAGAUCCAAGCUGGGCUAAAGGCUCUGCACAGAGCUGGAUGUAAGCUCAGGAUGAUGAAGCCUCUGGACUUCUCCUAUACCUGGGAUACAUUUGUGGAGAAUGAAGAUCAACCUAUUAAUCUGUGGGAAGACUGCAAAGACAAUUAUGAGUAUUAUCAGGAGAAACUUUCUGACAUUCUGCAGUGAACACAGUAAGCAUACGUUGAAAAGGAUGAUAUGAUUUUUGUUAGAAGUUUUUUUUUUUGAGUGGGGAAACAUGCGCUAUUUGAAUUGAAUUGAAAUCCUAUUUUUGACAAAUUACAAAAAAAAUAAUAAAAUCUAUUCUACAUAUGACCAGGAAUGACUAUGUGUCGAGUAGCUAUGGCAACGUCUUCUUUCUGAGUAGCUCAUCAAGAGGUCAAAUGAAGGGCCUUGGUAUUUUUAACGUUCAUCAUUCUCAGAUAUCCUUGAAUCCUUUCACCCCCAACCUUUUUCAACACAAAAUGACAAUUUCCAAUAAACUGUCAAUAAAACAA